UGUAAAGAGGGGAAGUCCUUCCUCUUGUCUUAUUUAUUUUUUCUUUUUCUCAUACCCCACCCACGUAUUUAAACUUAAACGUCGACACAAUCGUGUUUUAUCGGCACCAGUUGACAGCUGAGGAUUUUUCUACUGUUUUUAGUGUCGAGUAAAACCUUUGGACGCCCCUCUUGUUGUUUUUUUUUUAGUAUGGUCCAAACGCGUCCAGCAGCUGAUUGAUUUCUUCCACUUCACACGAAACAUUGUUUCUCUUUGUGGCUGAAACGGAAACAAACCGAGCUCGCCACCUUUUUUUUCUCACCAAUUUAUGGACUUUAAAGCAAAAAAGGACAUUUGUAUUUUUCCCCUAACUUAACCAUUGGGUCGUUUUUUUUUUCUCCCCCUUCUUCUUCUCCCUUCCUUCAUUGAGCGACCAGGCCUCGGAUUCAUCCCCGGCCUUGCGUUUCCAUAUCUGGGUGGUUUUUUUUAGUGUGUGUGUGUGUGUGUGUUGGAAGAAGUCAUCAUGGGAGACACCAGCGAAAGAAGCAAAGCUCCGAGCCUACCUCCCCGGUGUCCCUGUGGAUUUUGGGGGUCCAGUAAAACCAUGAACCUAUGCUCCAAAUGUUUUGCUGACAUUGAGAAGAAGCAGCCGGGGGAGGACUGCACCUCCAAGCCUAUCCAAAGCACUGGGAGUAGCCAAUCACCUGUCUUCAGUAGCGAGACGAGCAGUAGCAGUAGCCAGUCUCUAUUGUCGUCGCCGCCCUCCAGCUCCGAGCAGCCGUCAACCGAAGAGCCCUCGCCCACGUUUCCCAGCACGAGGGAAGGCGCAUCGUGCACAGAAACAGCCCAAGGCACACUCUGCACACCCACAAAACGUCCACGAGAAUCAGCCUCAGGCUCAGAGAGCGAGGCGACGCCAGAGAAACGGCCACGCACAGAAGAGCAGGAGGGGAGCAGCGAGGAGGCUCGCGGGACGCCCAAGCAGAAAAACCGUCGGCGCUGCUAUCGCUGCCAAACCAAACUAGAGCUGGUACAGCAGGAACUAGGCUCCUGUCGCUGUGGCUACGUAUUCUGCAUGCUCCACCGUCUCCCCGAGCAGCACGACUGUCUGUUCGACCAUCUGGGCCGUGGGCGCGAGGAGGCCGUCCUCAAGAUGGUGAAGCUGGACCGCAAGGUGGGCCGCUCGUGCCAACGCAUCGGGGAGGAGUGCUCCUGAUUGGCCAACGCCGUGACCAGCCAUCCAAUUAAGAGAUGAGGCGCUUACAAAGAAGAA